ACCACGAUGUCCUAUACAACAGCAAGGAGAAGAAGGCGGGACUACUACAGCCUCUUCCUGUCCCAGAACAACCAUGUCAAGUGGUUAGCCUGGAUUUCAUUACCGGGUUACUACCUACCACUAGCGGUCAUGAUGCAAUUCUUGUGGUUAUUGACAAGUUCUCUAAAAUGGGACACUUCAUCGCGACACACACGACAGUACGCACCAAUGAAACAGCACAACUCUUCGUUCGCUACAUCAUCUCACAGCAUGGCAUUCCAACCACACUCAUCUCCGACUGAGACCCCAAGUUCACCAGCAAGUUCUGGGAGGAACUCAUGUCUCUGCUCAGGACCAAACUCGCCAUGUCAUCCACCUACCAUCCGCAGACAGAUGGACAGACCGAGCGCCUCAGCCAGAUUGUUGAGCAACUCCUCCCGAGCAGCCUGCAAGGACGAGAUCUCCAAAUGGGACUUGCACCUGCCCGUUCUAAAGUUUGCUUACAACAAUGCUAUACAUGCCGCUACUGGACAGACGACGUUCUUCCUCUUCUACGGACGCCACCCACUCACACCACAAAAACUGACAGCAUCAGCUACAGUCCAGCCUGCACACAAGAUUCACAAUGCCUUCCAUGUCCACCUUGUAAAGCCCUAUCGGGAUCCGAACACGAUCUUCGUCGGACGCCAACCGCCGCCGCCGCCGCCCGUCCUCGUCCAGAAUGAACCGGAGUAUGAGGUCGAGUCCGUGCUUGCACACCGCCGUCGUCGGAAUGGCACCAUAGAGCUUCUUAUUCGUUGGAAGGGUUAUGAUCCUUCUGAGGACAUUUGGGUACCUGAGACCAACAUGGGUAAUGCCCGUCGUCCUCUGCAUGACUACCUUGUCAAGCAGGCAGCCGCAGUCUCAGCAGUAACAGCCCUUUUACAUCUUCGGGCGUUCACCUGCUCAGCAACAACAACAGCAACAACAACAACAGAAACAACAUCCACAGCAAUUUCAGCAACAGCAACAACAGCAACAACCUCAACAACAGGGUAUUGUUUUUCAGCCGCCGAAUUUACUUAACAGCACACAAAUCAAGACCAGUUUACCUU